AUCUCAUUUAUUAUUCAAGAUGUUUAGAAAUCUUAAAGGGUAUGUUGAGCUUGUAUGAAGCUGCGCAUUUGAGGACGAGGAAAGAUAAUAUACUGGACGAGGCGUUGAUGUUUACAUCGAGCCAUUUGAAGUCAAUAGCUGCAUGUGGGACGUGUCCGCCUCAUCUGUCAAUGCGUAUACAAAGUGCUCUCAUUCUAUCUCAGCAUUGGAACAUGGAGAUUUUAGUUCCACUGGAAUUUAUCCCAUUCUAUGAACAAGAAAAGGACCAUGAUGAGAUGGUGCUCAAGUUUGCUAAGAUCAGUUUGAAGUUUCUACAGCUCCAAUACCUUCAAGAACUCAAAAUCGUUACAAAAUGGUACAAUGAGCUAGGGCAUGCAUCUAACCUCCCACCGUACUACAGAGACAGAAUUGUCGAAAAUUAUUUCUUUGUGCUAUCGGUGUUUAUUGAGCCACAACUCUCACGUGCCAGGAUGAUGUUGACUCAGUUCUUCACCGCUUUACAGAUUCUAGAUGACACAUUCGACAGAUAUGCAUUCCUUCCUGAGGCUGAAAUCCUCGCCAACAGCUUGAAAAGGUGGGCUCCUGAUCAUGACAUGGAUAAACAACCUGAUUACUUGAAAUUCGUGUUGGACUCUACAUUGAACAUUCUUGAAGAGUUGGAAAGAGAAGUACGUAAGACAGAAGGAAGCUCAUACAGCUUCGAUGCCACUAAAGAUGAGGUCGACAAACUUGUGAAAGCCAACUUUGAUCUCGCAAAAUGGGCACUUGUGGCUCACGUACCUAGCUUUGAGGAGUACAUGGAGGUUGGUGAGGUAGAGUUCACAGCAUAUGCGCUUUUGGCGGGUAUUUUUAUGACUAAGGGAAAGAUAGCUAAGGAAGCUUACGAGUGGCUAAAGGUCAGACCGAAGCUCUUUCAAUGUUUAUCUAUCAAAGGCCGUCUUAGGAAUGAUAUAACCGGUUAUGAGGAUGACAUGAGUAGAGGAAAUGUCACAAAUGCGGUCACCUGUUAUAUGAAGCAAUAUGGAGUUCCCGUAGAGGAAGCUAUUAGGGAGCUUAACAAAAUUGUUGCAGAUGCCGAUAAGACAAUAAAUGAGGAGCUCUUGACGACAGUUGACGUGGAACGUUUUGUUCUUAAGGUAGCCAUUGAUUUUGCACGCAUGAUCACCGUCACCUAUAAUGUAGAUGAAGGGUUUACCCAUCCCGAAGGAAAAAUCAAGGACUAUAUGACUUCUUUGUUCCUCGAUCAGAUCCGUCUUUGAAAUCGUUGACAAGUAUUGUUGCGUCUUUGAUUAACAAGUCUGGCAUUUGUUCUUGUACAACGUCAUGUUCUUGUUUUCUACUGAAUUAAAUAUGAUGUCUUUUAAAUUCGAAACCACACUGUUUAUGUAUGUUGUCAUAAUGUUUGCGAGUCUAUAUAAAUAACUGAAGUAAGUGUUAUGUUGAGUAGCUUUUGGGUCUU